AAUUAAAGUGAACAUAAAUUUCAUCAAGAUGGCAAUUGGAAAUAUUAUCUGUGGAGUAAAUACUCCAAAAGUGAAGAAAAAGAAAGUUAAGACAACUGAGCGUAGUUGGAUAGAGGCAACAUUUCAAAAGAGGGAAUGUGCAAAGUUUAUCCCAAGCAAUGAGGAUGGAAAUAGGUUUGUACAAAUACAGGGCGAUAAGAAUGCAGAAUAUGAUGUAAUUACUACUUCCAGAUGUUGCUGUGGCUAUUCAUAUACUCAUCAUUGCGGAACUGGGGCUGAUGUGCAAAGUUACAAUCUUAGUGAAAAUAGGGAAAAAGAUUAUGAGCAAUGGUCUCCGGGAAAAAAUACUCGUCCCUUUCCCACUGAUGCAUAUGGUACCAUAGAAUUUCAGGGUGGUCCGCAUCCUACAAAAGCACAAUAUGUAAGAUUAGCUCAUGAUACACGACCGGAACCGAUUGUACAGCUAUUAUGUCGAGAAUGGAAUUUAGGAUUGCCCAAAUUAUUAAUUACAGUACAUGGUGGUCGAUCAAAUUUCGAGCUCCAACCGAACUUGAAGAAAGUUUUACGUAAAGGCUUAUUGAAAGCCGCUAAAACAACAGGAGCGUGGAUCUUUACAGGGGGAACAAACACAGGUGUUACACGACAAGUCGGUGAUGCAUUAUUGUUAGAACGUUCUCAACGACAAGGUCGCGUAGUAAGCAUAGGUAUUGCUCCUUGGGGAAUUUUGGAUAAAAGUCACGAAUUAAUUGGUCGCGGUGGAGAAGUAUCAUAUGAUUGUGUUUCUUCACCAUGGACUAAAUAUACAGUAUUAAACAAUCGACAUGCUUACUUUUUACUAGUAGAUAAUGGUACUGGUGGUCGAUAUGGUGCAGAAAUUGUUCUCCGCAGAAGAUUAGAAAAAUAUAUUUCAAAUCUGAAAUUGCAACCAUAUACACACAGUAGCAUACCAGUAGUUGCAUUAGUUAUCGAAGGUGGAACGAAUACAAUCCGUGCGGUUUUAGAGUAUGUGACGGAUGAUCCACCUGUACCCGUAGUAGUUUGCGAUGGUUCAGGACGCGCAGCUGAUUUAAUUGCUUUUAUGCACAGAUGGAGAGAUGGACAAACUGGUGAUGGAGAAGGACCAUUGGAGGGAGUUAAGGAACAAGUUUUAGAAACUAUUAAACGUACUUUUCAAGUUUCUGCCGAACAAGCAAGUCAGCUAUGUUCAGAACUUUUGCAGUGUACACGAAAAAAACAUUUGAUCACUGUGUUUAGAAUAUCGCAAGAUAGGCCGCAAGAGCUCGAUCAAACAAUACUGACAGCUUUAUUUAAAUCGAAACAAUUAUCUCCAGCUGAACAAUUAUCCCUUUCUUUAAUAUGGAAUCGCGUGGAUAUUGCUCGAAGUGAAAUCUUUGUCUAUGGUCAAAAAUGGCCACCCGGUGCUUUAGAACAAGCUAUGAUGCAAGCACUUCAGCACGACAGAAUAGACUUUGUGAAACUUCUACUGGAAAAUGGAGUAUCCAUGCGGAAAUUUUUAUCAAUACCUCGUCUUGAGGAGCUAUAUAAUACGAAAGAAGGCCCAUCAAAUACAUUGGGUUACAUCUUGCGUGAUGUACGGCCGAAUAUCCCACGGGGUUACAUGUAUACACUGCAUGACAUUGGUCUCGUAAUUAACAAGUUAAUGGGUGGAGCAUAUCGCGCACAGUAUACACGGCGAAGAUUCCGCAUGAUUUAUACGAAGGUGAUGAAGAGAUCUGGCGGUGGCCAUCAGCAGCAUAUGCAUCGAAACAGCUGUGCUCCGAACUGUAAUACGCGUUAUGGAAAGUCUGACAAUUUGACCAUGAGUUUACUUGCCGAGACUUUACCGGCUAAUCGUGAUACCCCUCUCUUUGAUUAUCCUUUUAACGAGUUGCUUAUUUGGGCCGUGUUAACGAAGCGGCAACAAAUGGCUUUGUUGAUGUGGCAACACGGAGAAGAGGCAUUAGCUAAAGCGCUUGUCGCGUUAAAACUAUAUAAGGCGAUGGCACAUGAAGCGGCUGAGGAUGAUUUGGAAACUGAAGUUUACGAUGAAUUGCGCGGUUAUGGCAAAGAAUUUGAAAACAUUGCGGUCGAAUUAUUGGAUUAUUGCUAUCGACAAGACGACGAUCAGACGCAGCAACUGUUAACUUCCGAACUUCAAAAUUGGUCAGGGCAAACAUGCUUAUCACUCGCGGUUACAGCAAAUCAUCGGCCAUUAUUAGCACAUCCUUGCAGUCAAAUUAUCUUGGCCGAUUUAUGGAUGGGUGGCCUUCGUACACGUAAAAAUACUAAUUUAAAGGUGGUUAUGGGAUUAUUUUGUCCUCUAUAUAUAACUCGACUGGAGUUUAAAAGUAGAGAAGAAUUACAACUAAUGCCCCAAACGCAGGAAGAACAUCUGAUAGCUUUAGAAGAUGAGAAAGAAGAUAGUGAUUCCGAACACAAUGUACCAACAGGACCAGAUAUCGAGGCUUUAAUUAGCAAUGAGCACAAUACAAUAAUCAAAGAGACGAUUGUUCAAGAAAAUGGAAAAGUACUAACGGACAUUGAUGAUGAAAUACAUCGCGCUUACGGUCUUCGAUCUGAAUAUUAUGAUAAUAAAACAACCAGACCAUUAAAAUUGAGGAAGAAAUUAUAUGAGUUUUAUACUGCUCCAAUAACAAAAUUUUGGGCAAACGCUAUUGCAUAUAUUAUUUUUUUGCUUUUUUUCUCAUACUGCAUUUUGAUGCAUAUGGAUGAUCAUCCAUCAUUAGCCGAAAUGUAUGCUAUUGCAUAUAUCUGUACUCUUGGAUGUGAAAAAAUACGAGAAAUAGCAACCUCGGAACCUGCGAUGCUUUCACAUAAGUUUAGCGUGUGGGCAUGGAAUAUGUGGAACCCCUGCGAUGCCGCUGCUAUUAUAUUUUUUCAAAUCGGACUAGCAUUACGUUUACGAUAUUCGACGUUAGAUGUAGGUCGCGUCAUAUAUUGUGUUGAUUGUAUCUAUUGGUAUUUACGUAUACUCAACAUCCUUGGUGUCAACAAAUAUUUUGGNCCUUUGGUAACUAUGAUGGGAAAAAUGGUUAAGAAUAUGAUAUAUUUUGUGGUGCUUUUACUAGUUGUACUUAUGAGUUUUGGUGUAGCUAGGCAAGCUAUAUUACAUCCUAAUCUUGCACCAGAGUUGCGUAUAAUACGAGAUAUAUUUAUGCAGCCAUAUUUUAUGCUGUAUGGAGAAGUGUACGCGAGUGAGAUAGAUCCUGAUUGCGGAGAUCAGCCAGGAAUGGAGCAGUGUCUUCCAGGUCGUUGGAUCGCGCCUCUUACAAUGGCCGUGUACCUUUUAGUUGCCAAUAUUUUGCUGAUAAAUCUGUUAAUUGCGGUGUUUAACAAUAUUUUCAAUGAGGUAAAUGCUAUAGCUCAUCAAGUCUGGAUGUUUCAACGGUUUACCGUCGUAAUGGAAUAUGAACAAAAACCGGUGUUGCCGCCACCGCUUAUAACGAUUUGCCACAUAUAUUUACUGUUGAGAUAUUUUCUGAAACAUAUUACACAAGGUAAAAGUGGCACUGGCGAGACCUCUGACAAUGGACUUAAAUUGUUUCUGGAAGCUGAUGACAUGGAACGAUUGUACGACUUUGAAGAAGAUUGCGUCGAGGGCUAUUUCCGUGAGCAAGAACUCAAGUUGCAAAUGUCAACAGAGGAGCGAGUGAAAAUUACAACAGAUCGAGUAGAGAACAUGCAUCAAAAGAUCGAGGACAUCAAUAAAAAAGAAAGCAAUCAGAACGUGUCUCUUCAGGCUGUCGAAUUUCGUAUCCGCAAAUUGGAGGAGUUGAGUCAACAAACUUUAGCACAUCUCGGGGUGAUUCAUCGUUUCAUGGCGACGUAUAUGCCCAAUGAAGAACUAGCCGGAUUAGGAGCGUUUGACAAUAUUCGACAGCGUCGGGUAUCAGAGCGAUCGGAGGUUCUGUCCGAAGCAGAUUCUCAUACGCAGCUGUCGACAGUCGCACGACGCAAAAAAUUUCUACGAUCUCUCACCGAUGCUGCUUUCCUAAAUGUUAACCAUCCGAUAGACGAUGUUCUCAAGGCUGAAGCUAUGACUUCCCGUGAAAAUCUUAGUAGACACGACUCUUCCGUAAGCAUACACGCUCACGUCGAUCAAGACGAUAUCAAGAUAACUAAAAACUUGGAAAUGGAAGACAGCAAAGACAUUUCCGAAGGCGAAACAACCGGCAAAAAAGAAAUACCAUCCGAGAGAGAAAUGAGCCGAGAUACUAGCAGAGAAGUAAGUAGAGAAAUUAGCAUGGAAGCUACCAGUAGAGAAAUCAGCAGGGAGGUCAGCAGAGAGGCUAGUAAAGAGGCUAGCAGCGAGAAUCCGUCCUCCGACAUCAAACAAGAUUCAACGGAGCGUAUACUCGGACAAGAUUCUGCGGAGCGUAGUACAUUUAGGCUGAACAGUAGAACUCGAUCGGAAUCCGAUGAUUUUAUGCUGCUUCCACCGCCAAACACUCAGAGAGGCGUAACUUGGGCGGAGCCUCGCGUGGCUGUGAUUCCGUCGUCUGUCACUUCAGUUGGUAACAUGCAAAGAUCGAUUUUAUUGGCAAUGCGCGCCGAAUAUACUAGCAUCACGGAUGAGCUGGAGAGUUAUUGUGGUUUAUUGAGCCCGCCAAGAACACCACCGGUCUCACCGCCACCGUCACGGAUGCGCAACAUAUCGGACAUAUUGAAUCCUGAGAUGGCAUGGCAGAUUGAGAAUGAGCAUUUGCGUGACGCGGAAGAAUGCGAUUAUCAACAAAUGGAGGAUUUGAUUCAUCGACGUUACCACGGCGACAAUAAUAAUGAUGACGGACCGCCGAACAUGCAUGCGGAUAAUGGUGAUAUCACAUAUUUCUUUAAUGUAUCUAACGAACACCGCCAGCUGCGCCGCGCCUCCGCGAUCGAGGAGGAUCCCCGACGACCACCGCCAAUGAUUAGCGUCACUCGUGAAAUCGAGCAAACGCUUGCACGACCACCGAUACAUGAUUCGGAGGGGACCAAUCCGAGUGAUAAGAAUCUGAGUACCGUACCUGCCCCCGCUUCUGAAACCAUGUGUUAA